UUGACGGAGUUGUCUGAGGGGCUUCGCUGAGGGAGGAGAAGAGGCUUCGCCCGCGCCGACCCGCCGACCGCCAUGGGCUCCCUGCUCAGCCGCCGCAUCGCCGGCGUGGAGGACAUCGACAUCCAGGCCAACUCGGCCUACCGGUACCCGCCCAAGUCCGGGAACUACUUUGCCAGUCAUUUUUUCAUGGGAGGUGAAAAGUUUGACACGCCACACCCUGAGGGCUACCUUUUUGGGGAGAACAUGGACUUGAACUUUCUUGGCAACAGGCCCGUCCAGUUUCCCUAUGUAACCCCAGCACCGCAUGAGCCAGUGAAGACUUUGCGCAGCUUGGUGAAUAUCCGCAAAGAUUCCCUUCGCCUGGUCAGGUACAAAGAGGACGCUGACAGCCCCACCGAGGAGAACGGGAAGCAGAAGGCCUUGUACAGCCUGGAAUUCACCUUUGAUGCCGACGCACGCGUUGCAAUCACCAUCUACUGCCAAGCCACGGAGGAGUUCAUUAGCGGCAUGGCCGUCUACAGCACAAAGAACCCUUCUCUGCAGUCGGAAACGGUGCAUUACAAGCGAGGAGUCAGCCAGCAGUUCUCGCUGCCGUCCUUCAAGAUAGACUUUUCGGACUGGAAAGACGACGAGCUGAACUUUGAUCUGGACCGCGGCAUCUUCCCCGUUGUCAUCCAGGCUGUGGUGGAUGAAGGCGACGUUGUCGUGGAAGUGACUGGCCAUGCCCACAUCCUCCUGGCUGCCUUUGAAAAGCACGUGGAUGGCAGUUUCUCGGUGAAGCCUUUGAAGCAGAAGCAGAUCGUGGACCGGGUCAGUUACCUGCUUCAGGAGAUCUAUGGCAUUGAGAACAAGAACAAUCAGGAGACUAAGCCCUGUGAUGAUGAGAACAGCGACAACAGCAACGAGUGUGUGGUGUGCCUCUCCGACCUGCGGGACACCCUCAUCCUGCCCUGCAGGCACCUUUGCCUCUGCAACUCGUGUGCCGACACCCUGCGCUACCAGGCCAACAACUGCCCCAUCUGCCGCUUGCCCUUCCGAGCUCUGCUGCAGAUCCGAGCCGUGAGGAAGAAGCCCGGGGCCCUGUCUCCGCUCUCCUUCAGCCCCGUCCUGGCGCAGACCCUGGACCAUGAUGAGCAUUCGUGUUCGGACAACAUCCCUCCGGGCUACGAGCCCAUUUCUUUGCUGGAAGCCCUGAAUGGCCUGCGCUCCAUCUCCCCCUCCAUCCCCUCGGCUCCCCUCUACGACGAGAUCACCUACACAGGGGUCCUGGAUGGGCUUCCCCUCUCUGGAAGACCCCUGGUGGGGCUGGACCGAGCUGCGGAGAGCAGCCAUCAGAAGAGCAAGCGCAGCAAGUCUCCAGACAGCACCCUCCGGUCUCCCUCGUCACCCAUCCACGAAGAGGAUGAGGAGAAGCUUUCGGAGGACUCAGACUUGCCACUCAGCGGGACGGAGCUGGUGCUGCAGGAGGGCAGCUCCCCAGAGAGCCUGACAGCGGAAGAAGCAGAGGCAGCCACCCCCCUGCAGCAAGGUGCCCAGCCUCCCUCUGUGGAGGCCCUUGUCCAGGAGAGCAGCGGCGGCGGCACCUGUGACCCCAGCAGCCUCCCCAUCCUGGAGAGCGAGCUGCCAGCGGACGUCUACCUGCCAGCCCUCGGCCCGGACUCCUGCUCUGUUGGGAUAGAGGAGUAAGCUGGAUCUUCUGACUUCGCUGGCACCCUCCCUGGCCGUGGGACCAGCCAAUCCGGGCAGCCCUUCCUGUUCAACAAUCCCCGCCUCUGCGUGGAAAGCGGGCAGAGCCCGUCCUGAGCGCCUGGCUC